UUCAAUGAAAUGAUGCGUCGGGAGUGACGAGCUAACUCGUUGUCGUUACGCUUUCCUUCCCUCUGAGGGGAACCAUUAAAACAUUUCAUCGUCUCAUCAUAGUUACAUAACUUAAUGAACUCGUUUUGGAAUCAGAAAUCAAGGGUGAUGGGUUUUUCAGCUAUUAUUCAUGUUUGUUAAACAAAUUUAUGCUACACUAUAUGACAAUUUGAAAUUUUCACAAGAACCACUGAAGUUGACACACUAGAUUUGCCUUUGCGGGCCGCACAAACUCAUGUGGCGGGCCGGACCCGGCCCCCCGGGCCUCGGGUUUGACACCGGCGCAAAAGUCACAUCGCGGAAUGUACAAGAUGGCGCCCGUCGUCGGAAAAAAGUCAAGUGGAAACUUUGGAGUGAUUUCUUCUUCUCUCCUGACCUCCGCUGCGGCGAACACGCCCACAAGGGAAAGCGGCCUCUGUUAUUGUCUUUGGGGGAAAAACAAAAAAAACAAAAACGCACUUCCGUCCAUUCUAUGUCACAGAGGAAGGAAGUCGAGCCACACACACAGACACGCACAGUCGGGAACGCAUACCUCGUAACCCGAGCCUGUCAUUAGCGCCGGAGCGGCACCGCGUUGCCAGCGCAAUGCGGGACGUCGGUCCGGCUCUCUCGGCUAAUUCUGGACUCCCGUCAGGGGAAGCGGACGACCGGUUUCGUACACGACCUUGAAGUAAAUUCAUGCGUCCGUUUUAUUUGGAGCUCGUCUUCACUGCAGCGGCGGGUUCCGCAAACUUCAAUGACCUUUGACCUCUUUCCACCAAACGUAAUUUAAAAUUUUCCUGCAGCUGGUGACAUCACCACCACAUCAGCCAAUCAGAGCUCACCUGCGGCCGGUCGCCAUUGCCGAGCACGACGUUCACUCGGACCCGGUCUGGCAAUUUUGUAACGUGAAUCCUGACCCUGCGUGGAUCUGGGUGGGUGUGUGUGGGACGCAGUGGGCGGGGUCAGAGUAUCAGGCCAGCCUAUCAGGUUUCAGCACCCGUCUCGAGCGAGCGGCCAGGUGACGCCGCGAGCGUGAAGUCGCUUUGGCCUCGGAAGCGGACGCCGUGACGUGUGAGCGCGACAUCGGCGAACAUGAUGAAAUGGCAACCGCGCAGGAAGGCCUACUUCCGGCAGGCGGUGGCGCUGCAACACCUCGGCCGUCACGGGGAUGCCCUGGCGGCGUUCGCCUCGGGCGUGGCCCAGGACCCCAAGAGUCUGCAGCUUCUCACGGGAAUGUUGGAGGCUGCCAUGAAGUCGCCCCUUGGAGAGUCUCUUGCGCCCACCUACCGCCAGCUCUGUGCCCUGAAACUGGAGCGCAGCCCCUUCAUGGUGGUAUCACUGGUUGGCCAGGAGUUGCUGACGCACGGGUUCCACGCCGCCGCCGCAGAAGCGCUGGAGGCGGCGCUCCGGAUCGGCACGUGCUCGCUGAAGAUGCGUGGCUCCGUCUUCUCGGCGCUCAGCGCGGCGUACUGGUCGCUGGGCUGUACGGAGAAGAGCCUGGGCUACAUACAACAAGACCUGGAUGUGGCCCGCACCUUAGGUGAUCAGACGGGUGAAUGCCGCGCCCACGGCAACCUUGGCUCCGCCUUCUCCUCGAAAGGCAGAUACCGAGAGGCGCUGGCCUGUCACAGGCAACAACUGCUUCUGGCUAUGAAGCUCAAGCACAAAGAGGCGGCGUCCAACGCCCUCAGCGGUCUGGGCCACGCCUACACGGCCAUCGGCGACUACCCCAACGCGCUAGCCAGCCACAAGCAGUGUGUUGCGCUGGCCAGACAAAAUGGUUGCCGGCUCUCAGAGGCCCGGCAGCUGGGCAACGUGGGGGCCGUGCGCGCCGCCAUGGGGGACGCCGCCGGUGCCUUGCGUUGCCACCAGCAACAUUUGGAUAUCGCCAAGAGUUUGGAGAACCGGCGCGAGGAAGCUCGCGCCUACAGCAACCUGGGCAGCGCGUACCACUCUCAGCGGGACUACGACAAAGCCGUCUCGUACCACGAGCGAGUCCUCCAGCUGGCUCGGGAGCUCGGAGACCGAACCGUGGAGAUGAGGGCCUGCGCCGGCCUGGGACACGCCGCCCGAUGCACGCAGGACCUGGACGCGGCGCUGAGGUUCCACCGGCGGCAGCUGGAGCUUUCCGAGGAGCUGCAGGACGCGGCGGCCCGAGGCCGAGCCUCUUCCAACUUGGGCAUCAUCCAUCAGAUGCGGGGCGAUUACAAGCUAGCGCUGGAGCUGCACAAGGCCCACCUGACCUGUGCCCAGGAGCUCGGCGACUACGCCGCCCAGGGGAGGGCCUACGGCAACAUGGGCAACGCUUACCACGCCCUGGGCCUCUACGAGCAAGCUGCGGGCUUCCAUCGCCAGGAGUUGAACAUCUCCCUGGAGGUCAAUGACCGAGCGUCCCAGGCCUCCACGCACGGCAAUCUGGCGGUGGCCUACCAGGCGCUCGGCGCUCCGGAGCAGGCCCUCCAGCACUACCUGCGCCACUUGACCAUCUCGCGGGAGCUUCGCGACAUUCAAAGUGAAGCCAGAGCUUUAGCAAACUUGGGAAACUUCCAUUGCCGCAGAGCCGACUACACGCAGGCGGUGCCGUACUACCGCCAGUACUUGCUUCUGGCUCCCAGCCUUCAGGAUCUCGAGCGUGAGGGAAACGUUUGCCACAACCUCGGCUACGCCUACUUCUGCCUGGGACAGUGCCAAGAGGCCAUCAGGCAGUACGAGCAGGGCCUGGCCUUGGCCAAGGACCUGCAGGACAAGGUGGCCCAGGCCAAAGCUUACUGUAACCUAGGCCUAGCCCACAAAGCUGUGGGCGACUUCAGGAGAGCAGAAGAUUGUCAGCGAUGUCUGCUCCGGAUAGCACAAGCUUUGGACGACACACGGGCAACUUUCAGGGCUUUGGGCAACCUUGGAGAUGUUAGCGUUUGUCUGGAAGAUCUUCAGGGAGCUAACAGCUUCUACCGGCAGCAGUUAUCUUUAGCUCAGAAUCUGGCGGAUAACAAGAUGGAGGCGGAUGCCUACGCGGCUCUCGGAUCACUUCACAGGUUGCUCGGCCAGCUGGACGCGUCCUUGUCCUUCCACAGCCAGGAGCUGACCCUGCGCAAGGAUCUGGGCGACCAUCGGGGGGAGUGCCACGCCCUGGGUCGCCUGGCCGGCGUACACAUGGCCCGGGGAGACUCCGGCACCGCCCUCCUGUGCUACGAGGCUCAGCUGAGCCUGGCGCAACGGCUCGACGACGCCCGCCUGGAGGCCCAGGUCCACGGCAACAUGGGCGUCGCCAAGAUGAACACGGGCUACUUUGAAGAGGCCGUUGGCUUUUUGGAGGAGCAGCUCGCCAUGUUACAGCAGCUGAGUUCCAGAGAGGCCAUCCUGGAUCGCGGAAAGGCUUACAGCAACCUUGCAGACUCUUACAGCGCUCUGGGAGACUUUGAAGAGGCAAUCCGGUGCUACGACAAGGCCCUGACGGUGGCUCAAGGUCUCAAGCGAGUCCGGGACCAGGAGAAAGCCUACAGAGGACUUGGCAACGCUCACAGGUCUGCGGGCAACCUCCAGCAAGCUUUGGUGUGCUUGGAGAAGCGGCUGGUGGUGGCCCACGAGAUGGGCGGAGCAACGGGUGGGAAGGCACAGGCCUACGGCGAACUGGGCGCCCUGCACAGUCAGCUGGGGAACUACGAGCAGGCCCUGUCCUGCCUGGAACACCAACUUAGCAUCGCUCGCUCGGCCGGGGAUGAAUCUCUGGAGGUGGAGGCCAGCGACGCCAUGGGUGGAGUUUACCAACUGAUGGCCGACUACAAGACAGCGCAGCAGUGGCACCAAAGAGCUCUGCACAUGGCAGAGCAGAAGGGCUGCUCGAGGAGCCAAACCCGAGCCUGCGGAAACCUCGGAGUGACCUACGAGGCUCUGGGCAACUACGAGAGGGCCCUGGUUUUCCAGGAGCAGCACCUUAGCAUGGCGGCACAGACCAACGACAUGGCGGCCAAAACCGUGGCGUACGGGAGCCUGGGGCGGCUCCACCACGCACUGGGCAACUACACGCAGGCCGUCGUGUACCUGCAAGAAGGACUGCGCCUGGCCGAGCAGCUGGUUCGCAGAGAAGACGAGGCCAAGCUACGCCACAGACUCGGCUUGUCUCUUUGGGCUCAGGGAAACCUGGAGAAGGCCCAGCACCAGCUGUACCGAGCAUCGGCGCUCUUUGAGAGCAUUCGUCGCGAGAUGCAGCCCAGUCCAGACUACAAGCUCUCCCUCUUUGACCUGCAGACCAGCUCGUACCAGGCUCUCCAGAGAGUCCUUGUCAACCUCGGUCGCUACGAGGAGGCGCUGUCCGUAGCGGAGAGAGGCCGAACGCGGGCCUUCGCCGACCUCCUGGUGGAACGUCAGAAAGGACGCCGGCAACCGGAAGGUUCAGACCAGUAUGCUCCAGUUACGGUGGAGCACAUCAGGGAGACUGUCAGCUCCCUGAAGGCCGUGGUGCUCUACUUCUCAGUGGCAGGAAGUUUCCUGUAUAGCUGGCUGCUGGCUCCUGGUUCAGGCGUCGUCAAAUUCAACCAGGCUUGUCUGGGAGCUGAUGCGCCAGAUUUCCAAGAUGACGGAUGUGGGAGCUCUUUCGACAGCGGUCUCCUUCCUCUGGAGCGGUACAUCUCCAAUGCUAGAGAGGUUCUGGGAGUUGACGGAUACCUCAGCAGCAGGCUUCAUGCAGGCAGCGAGACGGAGAGCGAAGUAGGAGACGUUCCGCAGCGACAUUUUGACCAGCUCAGUGAAAAAAUGAGCUCCGAUGACGAUCCCAGCGGCUACCUGCGCAUGCUAUCGAGGACCGACGUCUUCAACAGAAGCUGUCGCAGCGUCAGCAGCGUCAACAGCCUUCCUUCGGUGAGGGACGGCUCGUCCUCGCCUCCCGGCCGGGCGGCUGCCGGGCGUUCUCCUCUCGGCGCCCUCUACGACUUGCUCAUAGCGCCGAUGGAGGCGGCCCUGCUGCACGGCAGCGGUCCGUCAAGCCUUCGGCGGCAACUGGUUCUGGUUCUGGAGGGCGACUUGUAUCUGGUUCCCUUCGCCUUGCUCAAAGGCAGCUCGUCCAACAAGUUCCUCUAUGAGAUUUUCAGUCUGCUUUGCGUGCCGUCAUUAGCGAGCCUGCGAGCGUCCAGGAAUCAUUCCCACCCCAGCGGGCCCUCGUCUUGCCGGGACGGGGGCCCAGUGUCCGCCGUGGUGGGGCCGCCCCGCCUGCCGCCCGGCCCGAUGCGCCGUUGGUUGUGGGGGCCGCUGCCUUCGGCCCAGGAUGAGGCCCUGCGCCUGGGGGAGCAGCUGGGGUGUCGCCCGCUCACCGGCGUCAAUGCCACAAAGGAAGGUGCCCUCGCCGCCCUCGCCCGGGCGCAGUGCGUUCACUUUGCCACCCACGUUUCCUGGAAGCUGGCGGCGCUGGUGCUCGCCCCGGGUCGUGAACGGGCCACCGCCGGGGAGGAGGACGAGGGUCGGCAGAUGAUGGCUUCACGUGGAAUGCGCCAAGAUCCAGGGAAGAAGGCUCGUGAGGAUGAGGACAGCGAAUGUGAGAGCGCGGCCAGCAGUCCGCCGCUUCAAGAUUUCCUCCUCACUGCGGCGGACAUCUUGGAGCUCCAACUGAGCGUCAAGCUGGUGGUCCUCAGGUCUUUCACCGAGUCUGGCGUCCGGGUGACGUGUGACGGCUUGUUGGGGCUGAGCGGAGCCCUGCUGUCGGCGGGCGUCGGAUGCGUGUGCGUGUCCCUGUGGCCGACUCCGCCCCCCGCCUCAAAACUCUUCAUGCAGACUUUCUACGCGGCCUUGCUCCACGGCGCCCCCUCCAGCGCCGCGCUCAACGACGCCAUGAGGACGCUCCACAACACCGAGGACUUCGCGCACCCCUCGAACUGGGCAGGUUACCUUGUGAUCGGCGACGACGUGAAGGUGAGCGCCCCCAAGUCCGUGGGCCGACAGGCCUUGCGGGAGGUCCUCCGGCACCCCGACCGGGCCAGGGACGCCCUGAGAGUUCUUCUCCACCUGGUGGAGAAAUCUUUGCAGCGCAUUCACGGCGGCCACAAAAACCCGAUGUAUACGUUGCAGGACAGCGUGGACAACAAGGUCGGAGGUGUUCCCGGCUGGCGACCUCUGCUGUCCGCGUUGGGUUUCCGUUUGGACCUCGGCGGUUCCGCCGGCCUCCCCGCGGCCAUCUUCUUCCCCACGUCGGACCCCGGAGAACGCCUGCAACGCUGCAGCCUCACCAUGCAGGCCCUGCUGGGUUUGAGCGCUGCAGCGUUUCGGGCUCUCUGCAAACUGGUGUCAGAAGGCGAAGCAGCAGAGCAGCUCAUCCGCAAGCUGCGCCAGGUGCUGCCGGAGCUGCCGUCAGCCGACGGCGAGCGCGAGCCGCCGUCGGCCGCCGUCCCAACGUCCCUCGGCGUGCGCGUGUGGAGGCUGCCCGGUUGCCACGAGUUCCUGGCCGCGCUGGGCUUCGAUCUGUGCGAGGUGGGUCGGGAGGAGGUUCUGUUGAAGACGGGGAAGCAGGCCAGCAGGCGCGGGAUCAGCUUGGCACUUCAGUCCCUCCUGGGACUCUUUGACUCCACGGACCUUCCCGAUCUUCUCGGCUUGCACGGCACCUCCUCUCUGGGGUCCAUCCCGUCCUCCCCGUUGGGAUCUCAGCCGCCAACUUUUGCCACCUCGCCGCCUCGUCCGUCCUCCCCGACCGCCGUCCGCCGGGACGCCCUGUCCAGCGACGCCAUCUCCGUCUACAGCCUCAGCUCGCUCACCUCCUCCCUCGGCUUCCUGUCGCGGCCCGAGCCCGCCGGAAGCGACGUCGUCAGUCAGUGCCCCCGGUCCCGGGAGGGGGCGGAGACGCCUCGCCGCUCCAGGCGAACGACCGAUCGCGAUGAGGACUACCGGGGCUACGCCAUCAUCAGCAGCGAGCCUCUCGGGCGAGGUGACUCUGACACACCGCCUGCGGGACACCUCCGGACCAGGGACGGCGGCGGGUCAGGGUCCGCCACCACCUCCACCUCCACGCCGGUGUCUCCAAAGAAAGCACCGCCGCCAAAAGUCCCCCCCAAGCCGCGACACAAACAGGAAACUUCAUCUCCUCAGAGGGGCGUGGCGGCAGACGACGGGAAGACGAGCUGCUCCGAGUCAGACCGCUCGAGCACGGAGACCGACAGCACCGUCAAGUCCCAGGAGGAGCGGAGGACGGCCCCGGGACAACUGGACCCCCGGGAGCUGGCCCGCAAGAUCCUGGAGGAGACUCAGGGCCACAUGCGAGCCGUGGAGAGCCUGCAGAGGGCGUCGGGGCGGCGCUCCCUCUCAACGCCCACCACCCCGAUUCUGAGCAGGGGUGCGCGGGCCUUUCAGCCCUCCGAGACCAGCGCCUUCCGCAGACCCCUAAGGAGGACCGGUCCCGGCGCUCUGCCCCUCAGUCCUCUCCUGCCCAGACCACCUCGCCGCUCCUCCUCCCUGCAGAAGCUCGUGGCGCCCUCGUCUCCCAAACAUUUCACCUCGCUCGACGAAGCGUCGCACCUCAAACCUUCGCCUGGCAUCGAGUCCCACCUCCGUCCGCUUCCCGGCGACUCUCACCGCAAGCCUUCCCCCGCCCUUUCCGCCUCCCCCGGGGCCGAACCCCGACCCAGAAGCUUCAAGGCGGCCCGCCGACACGAGGGCGCGUCCCCCGCCGGCCUUCUUCCGGGAAAGAAAAUGAGCACGGUGAAAAAAGACCUUCUGGGUUUGCUGGACCUCUCGCCGCGACCUGAGCCCACCGAGGUCCCGGAUCAAGUCCGCCGUGUGGACACGAAGGCACCCGCCGCUUCCAAAUCUCCAAAGCGCACCAAAUUCCCUGCUGGCAGGACGUUUUUUCCCUUCUUCUAAGUGUUGGCGCCGGCAUCUUAAUGGUUGCCAUGGUGACUGUUUGGACCUGAUGUUCCGAGAAGGAUGCUGCAGAAGACACGAAGAUGUGAUGUGAUGUGAAAAGCUUUGGUUGCUAGGCAACAAGGGUGGGUGUGAACGUAGUAAACAGGAAGGAUGAAUUUUGGUGGACGCUCUCAAUUUGUCGGUGAAACAUAUUUUGGGGACCAGAAUAUAUCGUAUUAUACAUUACUGAGAAUAACAGCAUCAUUUUUCCUAUAUUCUGUAAUUUAUUACGCUUUGCAGUUAUUAUAACAUCUCACAUCUGUUUAAUAAAAACAAGUCAAGCUAUAAAUUUGAACAUUUUUCCAAUGUCUAAAAUAAUAAAUGGC